UGAGGCUUGGAGAAUCCACUCUUGUGUCUUCAGCCAGGCACCUCACUCCCUCUAUCACCAUGCCAUACAACUGCUGCCUGCCCACCAUGAGCUGCCGCACCAGCUGCUCCUCCAGGCCCUGCGUGCCCAACAGCUGCCACGGCUGCACCCUGCCCGGGGCCUGCAACAUCCCCGCCAAUGUGGGCAACUGCAAUUGGUUCUGUGAGGGAUCCUUCAAUGGCAAUGAGAAGGAGACCAUGCAGUUCCUGAAUGACCGCCUGGCCAGCUACCUGGAGAAGGUGAGGCAGCUGGAGAGAGAGAAUGCAGAGCUGGAGUGUCGGAUCCAGGAGAGGAACCAGCAGCAGGACCCUCUGGUGUGCCCUGCCUACCAGGCCUACUUCAGGACCAUUGAGGAGCUGCAGCAGAAGAUCUUGUGUGGCAAAUCUGAGAACGCCAGGCUGGUAGUGCAAAUUGACAAUGCCAAGCUGGCUUCUGAUGACUUCAGGACCAAGUAUGAGACAGAGCUGUCGCUGCGGCAGCUGGUGGAGUCGGACAUCAAUGGCCUGCGCAGGAUCCUGGACGAGCUGACCCUGUGCAAGUCUGACCUGGAGGCUCAGGUGGAGUCCCUGAAGGAGGAGCUGCUGUGUCUCAAGCAGAACCAUGAACAGGAAGUCAACACCCUGCGCUGCCAGCUUGGAGACCGCCUCAACGUGGAGGUGGACGCCGCUCCCACUGUGGACCUGAACCGUGUGCUCAAUGAGACCAGGUGUCAGUACGAGGCCCUGGUGGAAACCAACCGCAGAGAAGUGGAGGAAUGGUUCACCACACAGACCGAGGAGCUGAACAAGCAGGUGGUGUCCAGCUCAGAGCAGCUGCAGUCCUGCCAGGCAGAGAUCAUCGAGCUGAGACGCACAGUCAACGCCCUGGAGAUCGAGCUGCAGGCCCAGCACAACCUGAGAAACUCUCUGGAAAACACACUGACAGAGAGCGAGGCUCGCUACAGCUCCCAGCUGUCCCAGGUGCAGUGUCUGAUCACCAACGUGGAGUCCCAGCUUGGUGAGAUCCGGGCUGACCUGGAGCGUCAGAACCAGGAGUACCAGGUGCUGCUGGACAUCCGGGCCCGGCUGGAGUGUGAGAUCAACACGUACCGGGGCCUGCUGGAGAGCGAGGACUGCAAGCUCCCUUGCAAUCCCUGCACAACUAACGCAUGUGACAAGCCCAUCGGACCCUGCGUCUCUAACCCCUGUGUCACAAGAUCUCGCUGUGGGCCUUGCAACACUUUCGUGCGCUAGAGAUAUCACUGCCAGAGGGAGACAAAGACACCAGUCACACCUUAACUCCAGCUCAUCCCAAGACCUCAAAAAGUGACCGCACUCGA